GUUGUCCCCAACCAUGACAUAAAGAUCCUCCUUGGCGACAUGAAUGCGCAACUCAGCAGCGACCGUCAGGGCUGGGAAAACGUGAUCGGACCUCAUGGAUCGGCAGCAGUAACGAGUGAUAAUGGAGAGCGUCUCCUAUCCCUAUGCAAUCUUAACAACCUUUGCAUCGGGAAUACAUAUUUCAUUCACAAACGGAUUCACAAAAAGACGUGGCGGUCACCAGAUGGGGCCACUCACAAUGAAAUCGACUAUGUAUGCAUCCAUCGACGGUGGCGCUUGGCUUUACGUGACGUACGGGUUUUUCGCGGCGCCGACGUCGGAUCUGAUCACCACUUGCUUGUGACCUCAAUCCGACUAAAAUUGAAAAGAGUGGCCGGACACAACACCGUUCGGUCAUUUGCCUCCGAGAAAUUGAAGGACCGCGUGAACGCCGAGCACUUCCACAUUGAACUCGCUAACCGAUUCCAGAUUCUUGACAACUCGGCCAGCAUCGAAGAACAAUGGGCACAGAUCAAGGAUGCUGCCAUCGAGACGGCAGAGAGAACGAUUGGUCGACGGCGUGGAACGCAGCGAGAACGGUGGAUUCAGGACCGGACAUGGUCGUUGCUCGAUGAAAGACGGGUCAAGAAACGUCAGCGCGAUCAAGCAAAGACCGAAGAGGAGCGAAAUGAAGCAUCGCAGGCGUACCGAGAACUUGACCGCAGGGUCAAGAGGAGUUGCCGAGCAGACAAGAAGGACUGGCUGGACCGGAAGGGCACUGAAGCACAAGUGGCUGCUGACCAGGGUGACAGCAGGACUCUGUUUCGUGUGGUCAGAGACCUCACUCGGGCCUGAAGCGGC